AUGGCUGCAAAGGUCACAAUUGAUGGAUCUAAUUAUCUAUUUCAAGACGGAAUCAUCUUAAGCAAUGCAUAUCAAUAUGAUAGUGCCAUAAGCAAAGCCACAUUUACCAACGUUCCGACAAUUAAUUUCAAAGCUUUUCAACUUUGUACGAAUUUAAGAACAAUAAUUGUAUUGGACACAUUAACAUCGAUUGGGGCAUACUGCUUUGUAGGAUGCACAAAUUUACAAACGGUCAAAAUCUCAUCAGAUCUUACAAAUUUACCAGAAGGAGUAUUUGCUGAUUGCACAAAUCUACAAGAAAUAACUUUCCCUCCAUAUCUGCAAUCCAUUGGCAUACAAGCGUUUCAAAACUGCAAUAAUUUGGAACGAUGUGAAUUUCCUUCAUUUCUCAAACGAGUAGAUAGUGAGGCAUUUCGUAACUGUCGUUCCAUUAAAGCUAUAAAGUUUGCAUCCCCUGUUGAAUUAAUUGGCAAAGACGCGUUUAAUAGUUGUAAUGCGUUGUCGAGCAUUGAAUUUCUAUCUCCUGUGACAGCAAUCUCAAAAACUGCCUUUUCUCAAUGUCAGAAAUUAAAAAACGUCACAUUUUAUGAUGGUAUCGAAUCAAUGGGCGACAAUGCCUUUUCAUCAAGUUAUAUCGAAAAUCUGACAUUUAUCGGUACAGCUUCUUCAUUCGGAUCAAACACUUUUCAGAGCGGCCGAUUGGGCACUGUUAACUUAACGAGGGCAUCUUUCACAUCAUUGAAUUCAUACACAUUCAGCUCUGCAACAAUCCAAUAUAUUUACUUCCCUCAAUCAAUUUCCAAUAUUGGCAGAUAUGCCUUUUCAAAUGGCAAUAUUGGAUCUAUGAUAUUUCAACCAGGCAUUGUUUUAGAAUUGUCAGAAUAUUGUUUCUACAACACAAGAAUUGAUUAUGUUAUGCUUCCAAAAAUUUCAUCAAAAGCAACAAAUUCAUUUAUUAUACAAGAUUUGGAAUUCUUACAUUUGCACCUGAAGUAA